GCAGAGGACCGUGAGGCCUGCAUCCUCCUCAGCUCGAUUCCAAAAACACAUUUCAGCUGAAACUAACUUCCUUUACAUGUAAUGUAACAUAUCCCCGAUAGCGUCAUAAGGCCUCGGCCGUGUUCGUUUCGUGCUGCCCAUUCUUCGUCUUAGUCCACAUUCCCUCGCGUCAAAAUGGCCGAGUCCCAGACCAAGUACUCAGAACCCGACUACGUCCAAAAGCAAGACAAAUCCCAGUGUCCCUUUUGGCGCGCUACGAUCGCGGAAAGGACCCCACCAGAGACCCAUGAGCUUCUCGAGACCUACAGCGGAAUUCCUCACAGCGAGCAUGACGACCACAUCCAUCGUACCCGCGAUCGCCUCUGGGAAAUCCGCCAAUAUCCUUGCACCGGCGGUGGAGGCUGGCUAAAGGCGCAGCUCUGCCUGUCCGCGGUCUAUCCGGAGGUGAUGGCUCGGGCCAAAGCCGGCGAGACCGUCGUCGAUAUCGGCACGUUCAUUGGCCACGAUCUGCGUCGCUUGGUGGUUGAUGGCGCGCCGUCUGACCAUCUCUGGGGCAUCGAUAUCGCCAACCACUUCGACGUCGGUUUCGAUUUCUUCCGCGACCGUGAACGCUGGCAGGGGAAGUUCAUCGAGGCCGAUUUUCUGACUGUCGAAACGAAUCCGACGCUCAAACCCCUGCGAGCCAACACCGACAUCGUUUUCAUUGCCUCCGUACUGCACCAAUGGGACUGGGUAGGGCAGGUGCGCGGCGCCACGGCGCUCACGCACUUCACGAAGCCGGGCUCGCUGAUAGCAGGCUUGCAGAUGGGCAAGCCGGUUGCCGGCGCCGUCGUGAUGCAAGGCCUGAAAGUCCCGUUGUACAUUCAAAACCCCGAGUCGUUUGCCAAGCUGUGGGAGGAGGUGGGUGCAUCGACGGGCACACGCUGGGAGACCCAGGCUUGGCCUCACCCGUGGGAAUGGAUUGGAAUUGACUCCGCCGAAAUGGCGUGGAUGGGGCCCGGGGUGCAGCUGUUGGAGUUUGCUGUACGCCGAGUGGCGUGAGACGGGCGGCGACUUCGCAAAGACUGUCACAAUCGUCUGUUCCCGUUUCCUACCUGUAUCCCCGAUGGACCAACCAGGGUCAGCAGGUAUUACGGUUCGCUGAUCACGCCAAAGUUGACGCAUAGAUUGUUCCUGAAGCACGUUAUAUUAUUGUAUGAACACGAAGUCUUCUC